AUGAUGUUGCAUGUCUUGUGUCUCACGUACAGCAAGACCAACCUGAACCUGAUACAUGAACUGCAGGCACAAUGUCCGGAAGGCCAAUCCAAGCUGAAUGAGUUCUUAGAUUGCACCCAUCAAACACUAGCUUCAACCUCAGACGCCGGGCAGGCCAAACUUAACCAGGAGGCCACACAGCUCAAUGACAGGUGGGAGAAGGUGUUGGCCAAGGUGGCUAAAUCAGAGGCGAAGCUUGAGAAGAGUCUACAGCAGAAAGAAGAGCACAAUAUGAAGAAGAACGAAUUUGAGAAGUGGUUGGCCGAGAAGGAGGUUGAACUUGAGGAGUGCUUCGUGCUGCAGGCAGACCUCCCUGGGAAGGAGGGAGCCAAUCACAGAUGCAAGAGACUUGUCGAAGACAUAGCCCAACAAGAGCCUUGGCUGGCUGAGUUGACACACAGUGCUCAGCAGCUGCUAGACACCAACAUUGAGAGUAUCUCAGUCCGAUUCCACACCCUGAAAAAUAGAGCCAAUGAAUCAUCUGAGCAUGCUUACAGGGCUCUGGAUCACCACAGACAGUUCAAUCAGAGCAUGGAUUACUUUCAGAGCUGGCUAGCUGAGGCGGAGCAAGUCCUGGAUGACAACAAAGAUGUACCGCCAAGAAUGGACAGACUCAAGCAGCAGCUACAAAACCUGAAGAAUUUGGAGCAAUCUCAAGAUGUCGGCCGACAAAAGGUGGAUGACAUCGCCACCCAUGCAGACCUUGUCUUGGCAUCAACAGCCCCACCUGGUCAGACCACUGUCCAACAUUACCUCAACAGUCAGCAGCAAGACCUGAUGGCACUGGCCGGUCACACCGCCCAGGCUAAGGACCAAUUACAGGGGGUGUUAGAGAAGUGGGAGGAGCACAGUGCCAGCUGUAAGAAGCUCUCUGAUUGGUUAAUGACUGCAGAGACAACUCUUGUGAACUUGGAGAAGCCGUGUGUUUAUCUAGAAGAGAAGAAAACACAACUUGACAAACUGAUGACCCUCGAAGAGAACGUGGUUUCCCAUCAAGCAGACGUUGAGGUUGUAACCCCACAAGCCCAACAGCUCACCCUGCUGGGUGUGUCUGAUCCUGGCGUCAGUGCCAGAGCCCAAGAUAUCACCGAUGAGUACCAGGAUUUGUGCAGCAGGCUCAAGGUUGCACUACAGCAGAGAGAAGAGCAGGUUGCUCAUCACCAGCAACUGGCCAAUCAGCUGCAAGAUAUGAAUGAUUGGCUGAAGGCCAAGCAGCUUGAGUUGGAUCAGUGCUCAGGAUUGGCUGCUGAUAGAGAGGCUAAUGAAGACAGGAUACAGCAGCUGCAGGUUGUACUUGCCACCUUACCAGAGGGUGAGGCCCAGCUGCAAUCCUCCAUGGACCAGAGUGCCAUUGUCUGCCCCAGCACUGCACCGGCCGGGCGCGAUCGCAUUGACCAGCAGCUGCAGAUGGCUGCCGACAGGCUCAAAGCCCUGAGACAGCAGGCCGAGAGAAGCCAGCACCAGCUGGAGGAGGGGGCGGAGCUGCAGCGGAACUACGAGGGGCGGGCUAAGGAGCUGAGGGAGUGGAUGGCCGGGGCAGAAGGGGCGCUUGGAGAAGCUGAGCUGGAGGGAGAGGUGGGUGAGGGACAGCUAGAGGUCAAGCAGGCUCACCUGGAGAAGGUCAAGGCCCUGUGUGAUGAGAGCCAGGAAUUGCAGCCAAUCAGAGCCCAAGUUACAUCACUAGGCCAGCAACUGAUAGCCAGUAACCCAACUGCUGUACACAUUGGUAGUGAAACCACCAGACUGACUGCUGGGUACCAGACCUUACACAUGAAUCUCAAGGAUCGCCUGCGCCAGGCAGAGCGAGCAGUCACCGAGCAGCAGAACUUCCAGUCAGCCGUGGAGGAUUUCUACAAGUGGCUGCGUGCCGCCCGAGAGACCCUGACCAACUGUCGGAAUGUGACAGGGGAGAAGCCGGACGUCAGCUCCAGACUGCAAGACCUGCAGGAGUUGAUGUCCAUGCGCCACCGCGGUCAGAGCCUUCUCAACUCGGCCAGCAGCAAAGCCGAGCGUGUCUUGCCCCAGACGGCCCCAGACGGCCAGGAGGCCAUACAGGCUCAGAUUGCUGUCAUGAGGGGAGACUACGCCUCCCUGUUGGAGGAUACCAUCAGUGUGAAGGAUGCGCUGGAGAGCUGCGUCAGGGACUGGAACAGGUAUGAGGCGAGUUGUGAUAAGUUGUCCCGUUGGCUUGCCGAGGCCAAAGGUCAAAUCAGGACGGCAUCUGAGCUGAAGUCCACUCUUGGGGAGAAGAAAGUCCAACUGGAACGAUCCAAGGCUAUACAGCAAGACAUUGCUUCCCAUCAAAAGGACAUUGAUGCCCUGACUGAGCAUGCUAAGAAACUUUUGGACCGAAACCCAGAUGGCCUGCAGCCAAUUACUGAAGAACUUCAGAUGUUCACCGACCAAUACCAAGCUAGCAUGGACAACAUUAAGCUGGCUGUUGACAACCACGCCCUGUCUGUCGCUGAGCACAAGGAGUUCCAACAAGGACAGCGAGAAUUUGCCAACUGGCUGAGAGAGGCCAAGAACAAGUUGACGUCCCUGACCGACGUAUCUGGCAACAGCAAGACAGUGCAGGCCAAACUAGCUGCCUUGGAGGAUCUGCUCACUGCCAAAGAAGCAGGCCAGGAGAAGUUGGACUCCGUCACUGGCAGCGGAGGCAGGACUCUCCCACUCACAGCAGCGGCUGGACAAGAGACCAUCACUCAGCAGCUGCAGAAGGACCAGGAGGAGCUGGCUGCGCUGAUGGCCAGCCUGCUAGACUCCAGGGACAGGCUGAAGGAAUGCGCCGGGCAGUGGGAUGUGUAUGAGGAGAGCCAGGCUGAGAUGGAUGGCUGGCUGAGGGAGUUGGAGGAACAGCUAGGGAAGGGACUAGAACUCCAGCCUGGAUUGGAGACUAAGCGGGAACAGGUUAAUGAGUUCAAGGCCCUUCAAGAAACCAUCCAGAGCAGGCAGCCAGCUGUGGAGGCUGUGUCCAGACAGGCUCAGAGCCUUUUGGAUAGCAGUGUUGGUAAUGUAGGCGUUGUCAGUGAGUCGACCAGACUGGCCUCCAGGUUCCAGAGACUGAUCAUGACAGCCAAGGACCAGCUGAAAAAGAGUGAGCACAAUGCUGCAGACCACGCCCAGUACCAGGAUGCCCUAAACGACUUCAACUCCUGGCUAGCCUCCUCUCAAGAAGCCCUGGACCAGAACUCUGGUCUCCUUGGCGACAAGCUGACCCUCCAGGACAGAGCUAAGAACUUGAAGGACUUGGCAGCCACCAGAGGAACUGGACAUAACCUCCUGCAGGCUCUGGAUCACAGAGCUGGCAAAACCCUCCCCAAUACAGCCGUCUCCGGCCAGGAGCUCUUGAGGCAGGAUACCAGGGCUGCUCACGCUGCCUUGGAGGAGCUUGCAGCAAGUUUGAUUAAGCAGACUCAGGAUCUGCAGCAGUGUUUGAGCCUCUGGGACGACUUUGAUGGCCAGUACUCUCAAGUGACGGAGGAACUGGGAGAGGCAGAAGUUAUCCUGGUCAAAGAACCCGAGCUGGCACCAGAUGUGAAGCACAAGGAACAACAGCUUAAUCGGUACCAGAGUUUGGCUGAUGAGGUAGCUCAACAGAAAGAAUCCUUGGACUGUCUCUGGGCUGGUGCUAAGGAACUUCAGAGAUUGACAGAGGAAGAUGAAAUUACCAAGAAGGCAACCGAGAUGAUGGAACGCCACAAGAAAUUAAUGCAAGCUGCCAAGGCAGCUGUUGAAACAACGUUCCAGAGAGCAGAGAACCACCGGGAGUACAAUGACCUCAACAGGGCCCUUUGUCAUUGGCUGGAAUCGACCAAUCAGGCCUUGAGACACCACAGCUGUCUUGCUGGCACCAAAGACACCCUCAAUCAACAACUGGCCAGUGUGACAGAAUUGAUAUCUGAUGUUCCAUCUUGUGAGGAAAAGCUCAUGCAGCCCACCCAAGCUCUUGGUGGUAAAGUCCUCGCAGAAACCUCCCCAGAUGGGUGUGCCAUAGUCCAGCAAGAACUGGAUCAAUCCAGCCGGGACUGGUCCAGGCUGGUCGGAGACGCCGACGACAUCAAGCUGUCUCUGGAGGGUGCCAUUUGUCAGUGGGAGGAGUAUGAGGAGGAACAUGAGAGGCUGGUCCAACGCCUCAACGAGGCAGAGGCAGAAACGAGCCAAGAGCUGGAGUUGAAGAAAGACGUAGCCGAGAAACAAGAGCAGCUGGAGAGUUUGAAGAUUGUCUACGAGGACGUCCUUAGCCUGGAGACAUCCCUCAAUGCUGUGGUCUUGAGUGCUGACCCUAUCCUAAACAACAACCCAAUGGAUUCCACUGUCAGUGGACAGCUAUCCCAGGCUAGACUUCGCCACCAAACAUUAGUCAACACCAUGAAGGCCCAGGUCAAAUUGUGCCAGGAGAGAGUCCAAGACCAUACAGACUUCAGUCUGUCCUUGGAGGAAAGCCAGAGUAUUCUCAGUGAAGCAGAGCAACGGCUGAGCCCCCUGCAAGACAUCUCUGGAGACAGGCCCUCUGUUGAUGCUAAACUAGCUGCUCUGGAGACCAUGGCCAGUCACCUAACCGAGUUUGAAGCCCAAGUCCGUUGUGCCACCGACCAGGGUCACCACAUCCUGCCGCACACCUCGCCUGAGGGUCAAGAGGUUGUCCAGGGUCAAGUGGCCGACCUAUCGGUCACGCUGACCUCACUGGUGCAUGGUGUGAAGGAUGCUGGGAAGGCCCUGGUUGAGCGUGUCCGUUGCUGGAGCGAGUAUGAGACUGCAGAGGAGGAGUUUGGCGAGUGGCUGGCCGAGACGGAGAAAGUUCUCACCCAGGAGCCUGAGAGGAAAGCAGACCUUGGCGAGAAGAAGAGCCAGCUAGAGAGAUACAAAGCCCUAGAGAGUGAGAUUACUUCCCACAGCAUAAACCUCCAGGACGCGGAGCAGAAAGCUCUGAAGGUCCUGGAGCACGACACAGGCUCAGUGGACGUCGAAGGGAAGACGGCUGACCUCAGGGCUCGCUAUCAGGCACUGUGCCUUAGGUCAAAGGAUGUGACAGAUGCCCUGACACACAGUGUGACAGAGCACCAGGGGUAUCAGGAUGCCCUGCAGGAGGCAGAGAAGGCCCUGCUGGAUAUCUCACAGCAGCUCACCACCCAGGGGGCAUUACCAGAGGGGGCCAGCCUGGAGGACAGCCAGCAACAGCUCUCACAGCUCCAGGGAAUCAUGAGGCAAAUCACUGCAUGCUCUGCCAAACUAGACCAGGCUUCUGUAGCCGGUAGUGCUCUCACGAGCUCCGCCCAAGCCACACCCACACUAACCCAGCAUGUAGGGGUGGAGCUCAGGGCCGUAGAGGAGGGGCUGGAGGCUGUCAAUCAGACUGCCAAUAGCAUACAGGCACGCCUCCAAGACCUGAUUAACCAGCAGCAGGUUUAUAAGGAGACAUUGCAGACUUGUGCUGACUGGUUGCAGGUCGCACAGCAGGGAUGGAGUGUGGAUGAAGCUGAUGCGAAGGCGGCGGUUGUCAUAGAAACGGAAGGGCUGGAGGACGCCCAGAAUCAACUCAAGGAGCUGCAAGCUUUGUUAGACACAGCCGUGAUGCACAGCCAGCUGGUGCAAGCAGCUGAGGAGAGCUUGGAAGACUCCAGUGCUGACCUCUCCACCUCCCAGCUCUCCGCUGACGUCCACCAGCAUCUCACAGUGGUCACGGAGACCGUGGAAGCCCGCAUCGCUGUCGCACAGCAGCUCAGCAAGCAAUGGAAGGAGCUGGAGGAGAGGAAGGCCAGGCUGGGGGAGUGGCUUGAGCAGGCCAGGGGGCGGGAGGAGGAGGAAAGACUCCAACCUGCCGAGGUGGAUGUUGCCAAAGCCAAGGCUCAUCUGGAUGGUGUUGAGGACUUCCUUAAAGAGGUCAAGGCCAAGCAGGCAGAGUUGGCCCAGAUCCGAGACGAGCAAUCCCACCUCUGCCACCGACCUGACCCAGACCUGGACGCCCUUGACCAAGGCUUCAAGACCUUGUCCGACCUAGUGGAGCAGCUGGCAGAUGCCCGCAGGGGGGAGCUGGAGGACGCCCGGGGUUACCUGGAGGCAAGGAGCGCUGUAGAAAAGGUGCUUGAUGAAGCCCAGAAAACCAUGGAAGAAAUGGAGAAAGAUGACUUCAUGCCCAUUUCUGAGAAGCUAGAAAAACACCAGAGGACGUCUUCCUUACUGGCUGAGAGGAAUGAACUUGAUGCCUUGAGGGAAUGCACAAGGAGAGUGUGUGGAUCCACAAGCCCAAAGGAGAGAAAUGCUGUGCAGGAAUUCUUCAGUGAGAGCACCGAGAGGUGGGUGAGUCUCGGGGAGCGAGCCCGCACGGGCACCCACACCCUCCAGCAGUCCCUGACAGACUACAAUGCCUUCCUGGACAAGGCCAAGGAAUCCCGGGAAUGGUUAAAGGCUACUGAGGACCAGCUGGCUGUAGGAGAGAUGGUAGGCCCCGCAGUGGAGGGCGCUCAAGAGAUACUGGAUGCUAACCAUGCUAUUUGUUCAGACAUUGCCAGCAAGAAGGCGGUGUAUCUGCUGGUCAGCAGCCAGGCGGACAAACUCUGCCAGGGGCUGAGCCGCAGGGAGCGAGAGAUGGUACAGCAGCACAUGCAACAGAUCGGCGCACAGUUGGAAUUGCUGGAGCGAGAGCCUUAGAGAGACAGAAGAUCCUGCAGACUUGUGUCGUGGAAAGAAGGGAUUUCUGGCAGCAGUUGGAGUCAUGUACAGACUGGAUCCAGGAAAAAGAACCCUUGAUUCUACAGAAGGAAUGCCCGGCU